AGCUAAUCAAUUUCUACGGCCUCACCUGAGUCGAAUGACAGUCAGUUUGUGUGUGUAGACUGACAGAGUAAGAACAGGGAUUGUUUCAGCUUCUCUCGGCCUUCCAAGAAUUUAAUAUUGUGUACCAAAAAGUGAGCCCUGUUUGUUGGAUCUAUUAUUACAAAUCUUGGACACUUUUCACAACUAUUGAUUAAAAUGGUUUGUACAUUUUUUUUUUUUUAUCAUGGCUUUUGAUUUUAACCUGUGGGGAAAACUUUCCCAGUCUCUCAUUUUGAUUUCAAUUAAGAUUUAGAUUACAUUUUGGUAAAAUUUGUAGUUCAGAGAGCUGAUGUCUUACAGGUGUCAUUUUCACCUGAGUAGGUCUCCAAAGUAAAGCCAAGAGUUUUUCGUAAAGUAAACAUUUGGCAUCCCAAUGAAAUAACAAUUCUUUGAGAAUUCCAUGUCUUGGUUUUCAAAGAAGUUUCAGUUCAACGUGAAUGCACCACUGCUUCUGAAAAGAAUGUCACCUGAAACUACACACCUUCUAAGUGUGGUGUGGCACAGUAUCCUGUAUAUAAAGAAAUUUUGUAUGUAUAAAAUGAUAAUUUGACAUAUGACAUUUUGAGCCCGGAAGAAUAUCCUAAAAACUUUUCUAAAGGCAGGUAGUAAUUGAUAAAUAAAAAGACACAUUAUCUUAUUUUCAUUGAAGAAGAGAAAGUGAAAAAUUCUUUGCAUUUGUAAUUAGGGAAUUAGUUUCUGAAGAUCUGUAAACAAAUGUGACCGACUUGAGGCAGAUCCUGGUUGUUCGUAAUGCUUUUGUAAGAAAUAGAAGUGAUCUUGUGUAAUUGUGUCACAUGAUGGUAUAUUGGAGUCCUAAGUUGGUGGUGACAAAAUUACUGCCUAUGAUUAUCCAGGAUCUCAUUAUAUAAUGGAUUCCCCCCUCUUGCGCUUUUCAGAUGUUAUUGACACUGCAUAAUCUCUGUAUGGUACAACUACAAUGCAGUCACACUACUUACUCUUCUCAAUUCUUUCUAUAUUUAGCAACUUAUCACACUUUGUUGUCAUAAGAUGUUAUUGUAUUGAAAUUUGGAAUUUGAUACUUCAAUGAUCUAUUUUAUUCAAAAUCUUUUUAUGGAGAUAUUAUGUAAUUUUGAGACAUUCUGGUUUUCUAUAUUGUACAGACUGCCAAUACAUUCCACAACCUAAGUACCUUCUUAACAGUCACAAUGUGUUUAUCUCUUGAAAAAAUAGUUCUUGAAAUUACAUGAAAUUUUUGUAAAGUCUGAUAUGCUAGUCCCAUACAUUUUUUGCGUUGACAAGAAGGAAACACUUGUGUUUCCAUGGGUGCAGUUUCUAUCCAACGAGAGUCUAUGCUCUUAACAGGAAACCUUUGCAUCCAGUUAAAGAAGAAUGUAAAUUCUUCCAUACUUAGUACAAGUACUGAGCAUAUGCUUUCAUAAGAUUUAAGGCUUUCAUAUUACAUUGUGUACCAGACUGUUAAUCCUUCCUGCUCUAGAAUAUAAUUUGUCAGUGGGUAAGGAACUUUGCAUAACAUUGGAUAAAAUAAGGAUAUGUCACUCACUGGCAAGGUUAUCCUCUUGAAAUUUUUACGUCAAGACCAUCAUGGUGAGUUUGGGUAAAAAAUUUUAAUUCUGUAGACAAAGGUCAAUAAUCAAGAGUAAUUUUUUCACCUACUUGAGAGAAUUUUAAAUUUUGAAAUGGAAUCUGCUUCAUGGCUGAAAUAAAUGGUGACAAGGUUGGUUUUUUGAAAAAGAGGAGGAAACCAAGUGGUUUUAUAGGAGAUUCUCUUAAAACCCUUACAUCCUUCUUAGCUGAUUUGAACAUCCUUGAUUCUGUUGACCUUCUUAAAAUUUUCAAUGCUUCAGAAUUCAACUGUUAGAGCACGAAGUCUUGGGAGAUUUUUUUUUACCUUAGUUAGCUGGUGUGUCUGAAUUGGAUAUGGGGAAAUCUUUGGGCAUAUUGGGCUCGUGGUGAUAAUAAUGACAAUUUUUUUGUAUCUCUGUGUACCUGCUAAGGUGGAAAUUAUUGAUAAAAUAUGAGAUACGUCAAACUCAAUAUAGUAGACUGAUUAGAGUCGGUGUUUGUGGGAUGAAAUUCAAAUCUCGAGUAGAUAAAAUUCAGGCACCAGUGCAAACAUGUACUUUGUAUGAUGUACUAUGAAAGUAUUAGUGGGAGAUAAAAACUGUGGUUAGCUGUGCGCGAUACUUGGAACAGUCACUCUUCUCCUUCUCGCUUGCGGCAGUGUCACAGACAACAGGUUGUUGAUUCAGCAUCACACAUAAUCCAUCCCCUCUCAAGUGUUGUACACAGCCAUAAUAGGCCUGCAGGAUCUGGAUUUGGUUGGGUCACUGAUUUGGAAGGUCCUUAGCCCACCUUGAAAACAGACUUUGCAAAAUUAACAUCCUUUUACUACAUAGACGGUAUUGAAUGCGCUCAUGUGCAAAUGAUGGACUGUUUGUUUCUAAUGUUUGUGGAGUAAUAGUCUUCUGGCAGUAUGGAUUACACAACACAGCGCAGGCCUUGUGAAUCAUGUUGGACAAGGGAUGCAAAUCUGGUGAAAAGGUCGCUGAUGAUGACAGAAAAUUGAAAACUUGCGGGAGAAACCGGAUUUGUAAACAGUGCAGAUUCACAUGCACUGAUCCCAAGGAUUUUCUAAAUCACCAGAAAUACGCACAUUCCCAGGAAAAGGAUCCUGACAUACUUAGCUCAAUAAGUAAGCGACGGAAAAGUUCUAACGGCAGCAACUCAAAUAGUCAAGCCUCACUCGUGAAAAAAAUAGUCACCCGAUCAAGUGGAUCUCAUGACACUGAUGAGAAGCAAGACUCUGUCACUAAUAAAAACCAAAAUUUAAGUACAUUCCAAACCACAGUAGAGACGCACUCUUUUGUGAAAAGUGAUUACACAUUAGAGAAUGAGAAUUCAGAUUCUAUGAACAAAGAAAAUCAGUCAGUUGAUGAUAAUAAAAGAAAUCCAGUUGAUGAAAGUGAGAAGUUCCUAAAAGAGAUAGAUGAGAUGGAUUCAUCAGAAAUGGAACACGCAAGUAAUUUUGGCAGUGAACACGAAGAGCAAGAUGAAGAAGGGAAGCUGAUAAUAGCUGAAGAUGAUCACACGUCAAGUAAAACUCCAACACGUAGUGGUAAUAUUCAGAAUCGCACUUACGUCUGCAACCAGUGUGAAUUCAGCUCCACAAGUGCCAAAACUUUCCUACAUCAUCAGAAAGAUGAACAUCAACCAGACAUUAUUAUUUAUGAGUGUGACAUAUGUGAGUAUGCCACCAAAUAUAAACAGAAGUUACCUCGUCACAGAAAACUUCACUUCACUGGAAAAGACAACAGCAGUUUACUUGGUUCAUAUGAUUUUGAUGGCAGCUUGAAUGAAAACAAGGACAGAGGUGGAAGCUUCAAUGAAUCAAUGAGGAUGGAUGAAAAUGGUCCAAACUUUAUCCGAAAUGUUGUCGAUGAUGAUGACGAUGAUGAUGAUGAUGAAGAAGAUGAAGAGACUCCACCUCAGAAUGAAUCCCAGGAGCUAGCACCUACACCUGAUGGAACACCUAUUGUUGAGAAGAAAAAACGCAAAACUAGACAGGAAGUUGAUCCAGGAAAAUAUUUUGAAGUUCAGGAUGACACAGGAAUAAAAUAUGCCUGUUCCAAGUGUGGCAAUGUCUACAAGUGGAGAAAAUCAUUGAACAAACAUUGGAAAGAAAAGCACUUUGGUGACAUUCCUGAUUCUAGUGUCCCACCCCCAGGGCUUGCCAAACUCAACAGCCUUACCCAUGUGCAAUAUACAUAUAGAUUCCCUUCAUCCAAAGGAGGAGAGCGCUUGUCACCUUCAUCUCAAAGUCAAAGGGGUGAACGUUCAAGGUCAGAGACUCCUGUCAGUAUGGUGGAACGUUACCAACCUGGAACAGACCUCCUGGAAAAUAGCAGCAUGUCUUCCGUUGUCAUGCCACGCUUCAUUGGACCAUUUAUCACAGAUUCCAUGCCAGUAGCAGGAGGGAAGCAUUCUCCCAGUAAAUCUGAGACGCUGUAUCCAAGGUCCCUGAUUGAAUCUAGUCGUGAACAGCCUAUUGACUUCUCUGUCAAAAAGGAAAGUGAUUUUAAUUCCUACUAUAAGGGAUCUCAACAUUCUCCUUCCAUGAAAGGUGAACAUGCUUGGUCUGAACAAACUUCAAGUCUUGAUCUCAGUGGAAACAAGAAAGAAGAUAGUCCUAUACUUCAGUGCAAUAGAUGUUCAUUUGUAGCUAAAACACUAGUAGACUAUAGUUCUCAUAUGACUUUGCAUUUGAACAAACGCGCUUUCAAGUGUGCAGAAUGUCAAGAGCAUUUCAAUAAUGUAGAGGAUUUGAACAAACACUUUGGAGAAAAUCAUUCAGAGAAAAUUCAUGAACACAAAGAAGCGAUCCAGAAGAUUCCACAUGGUUUACAGCAGACAUAUCAUCUCUUGAAAAUGCCUUUGAACGCCAUUGGUUCCAUUGCUGUGUCCGAGGCUUCUACUUCUGGACCUAGUGAACCCAAGUAUCUCAAAUGCAGCAUGUGUCAGUUUGUUGCAAAGUGGCCAGCUGAACUUCAGAAGCAUGCUGUUUCCCACUCAGAGGAGCGACCUUUUGUCUGUAUGGUCUGUGGAUCUACCUACAAGUGGAAAUGGGAUCUAGUCAAGCACUUUGAGAAAAGCCAUAACUCUCUUACUAAUCCAUACAAGCGUAGAGAACUAGGGAGUUCCCCAGCUCCUUUGAAUACCAAAAUGGACCAAAAAUCACCUCCUGUUCUCUCCCCUGUUACUGGAUUCCCUGGUGAUCGACCAUCCAUGAUGUAUCCAAUGACCAGCACUGCAGCAGCACUCAUAGACACAGACACAUUCUCGAAAAGAGGUCUAGAUAGCAUGUCCUUUGAUGAACCAUCUAAGAAAAAAAGACGCCUGUCUGACACUGAUAUGCCCAAUCUAAUGGACCAAUCUCAGGCUGAUUGUCAAGAAUACAUCACAGCAGGUGUCCUGAGCUUUGAUGAUUCCAGAGCCAAUGAAUCAGCUAGUGAGGACUCCCAAGGUAGCCUAAGAAUUUCUGGUAACUCUGCUCUACGAGACAUGGAAAACCUCAUUCCUCCAGAGGAUGAGAAAGGAAAUGAUCCCAAUGAAAUGUUUGGAACCUGUUCCAUCAAUCCCCAAACUCAGAUGGCUGUUAUCAAUGCUGUCAAGAAGAGAAUGGAUAAUGGAAAACAAAUCAAUGUCCCUUCCAAGUCCCGAACAAAUGACAAGGACAAGAACUCGGAUAUACUGCUACCAUACAAAUGUCAGAUAUGCGAGUACAGAGCUAGAUGGCCAUCUGAAAUAACUCAGCAUAUGAAGAAUCACUCUGAUGAGAAACCUUACCACUGUCCAAGAUGUAGCUACAAGAGUAAAUGGAAAUGGGAUGUGGUGAAGCACCUGAAACGCUGCGGAGGUGGGACUAUUAGGGAUGUCAUUGAUACCAAUAAACUGAAGAAACACUCAGCUCCACCCAAUGUAACUGUCAUGCCACAAGGAUCCUUCCAAAGAACUGGUUCAGGAUCCCAGUCAGAGUUCAUGCAGAAGAAUUUGGAAAGUCGCUAUGCAAUGUCUUCUGUGGCAGAAGCUCUUACUAGCAACAACAGUUCGGUUAUGUCCAUGGCAGAGAUGAACAAAUCUACUUUUGAUGAGUAUGAAAAGAUGAUGAGUCUCUCCAACAGCCAGCAGCCAGUCUUUAAGAGCAUCAUCAACCAAGGAGUGUACCACUGCUUUGAGUGCCCAUUUGUUGCUCAGAGUCCGGCAGAGUUAAGACGCCAUGCUGUACUUCACUCAGAAAAUAAACCCUUUAGCUGUGCAAUCUGUGGAUACAGCUCUCGCUGGAAAUGCGACUUAAAGAAACACAUCCGAACCUAUGGGCAUUAUGACCAGUCCAUUCAGUCCAAAUCUCCUCAGCAGACUCACUCAGACAAAUUCCAGUACCAGAUUCCACAAAGAGAUAUCUACCCAGAUGAUCAAGACUCAGAGGACAGGACCUUGUACAAAUGCAAUAAAUGUUCUUAUUCCACCUUCAAGAAAUACUCAUUUGAAAUUCAUAUGAAAAUACAUGGAGAUAAUAAGAAAGAAGAUGCUUCUGGAAAAUACAACUGCAAGCAAUGUGACUUUCAAGGCACAGAUUUGAUUUCCUUGCUACAGCAUAAGAAGACCCAUACUGGCAAACUAAUGUCUAGAGAUAGUAACAAUUCCGUGUUGGAAUUACCUAGUGAACAGGUGUCCAACAGAACAUUGCAGAAGCAUCGUAGAAAACCAGUUCAACAAUUCCGCUGUUCCAAGUGCCCAUACACCUGCUUCAAACGUUCAGGCCUUACCAUGCAUGAAGCCAUGCACCAGCCACGUGGUGACCAUGCCUUGAAGUGCUACUACUGUGACUACAAUGUAUUCAGUAGAGGACUUCUCGUUCAGCACAUGAGACUUCAUCCUGAAUUUGAUCCAAAUGAAUGCACUGAAUUUGCAGAAAUUCUAGAGAAUAAUGACUUUGACAAUAUGGACACAGAGGAAUAUGAGUAUCUUCAAAAUAUGAAUGAUGAUAAUGAUGAUGAAUACAAUAACAUGAUGGAUGAUGACUCCCGGCAAAGUCCAAGUGACCUCAACAGUUCUGGGUGCAGUUUCAAAGCCAGAGAGAGUGGUGCGCUGGAUCUCUCAAGCUCAAGCCUGACCUCCAUCAGUAGUGAACUUAGGAGAGUCAAUGGACCCAGCAUGUUUGAACAACCAGAGACUCACAGUUCUUCAAUGCCAUUCCCAUGUGAAUGGUGUCCAGCUAGGUUCCCUAACCUGACAAAGCUGUAUCAUCACGCCAGUACUCGUCAUCCAAUGGAAUUGCAUCAGCAAGAGAUGGGGGAAUCGCCCAGUUUGGCCCUGCCAAUCAGAAUGAGUGAUCCUUACCUAGAACGUCAAAAACGCAUGCAGCAAAAACAAGAGCUUCAAAAACAGCAAGAAUUGGAGCAACAAAAACUUCUUGAGCAACAGAAACUGCAGCUAGAGCAUCAGCAAUUCCACCAAUCCAUACUGAAAAGUGCGCUGAACCAGUCAAGAUAUCGGCCCAUUGAGCCCAAACUUCCAUUUUCACUGUCAGAAAAGACUUCACCGAAUCCUGUAUACAGUUCUCCUUCAACAUCAACCCUAAACACAAGCAGCUUUACAAAGUUCUCACAAGAUGCUAACAAUAACAAGUCUGGCAUUCCAAUCUCACAGUCAUCUACUCUUGUUGCUCAAGCCCUGCUUGCAAAGGCCAAGAAAUCUACCAGCCCAAACAAGAGAGGAAGAUCAUUCCAAUGCACAAAAUGUUCAUUCACUGCUCCAAAUGCAGUCACUUACCUACGUCACAUUGAGAGACAUGGCAGUAAUUGUAGACACACUUGUCGAUUCUGUGACUACAGCAUAGAUCGUCUCAACCUUCUGUAUCAGCACAUGAAAGGCACACAUGGGGAUCUCUGGAGAGGAACUCCUGAAGAGAAAAUUAAUCUGACUUCUGGGUCUGGAGGCAAAAGUUACCAAGAUGACAUGCAUUCCAAGGGAAGAACAACACCUGAUAUGAACUCUGAGAGCAUGAGCAGUAGUUUGGAUGGUUCCUUCACAGGCUCUUUCAACGAUAUUCCAGAUAUCAGUGAUGAAGCAUUCAACUUCUCCAUGAAUGAGAUUCGAGUUUACUAUACAAUGGCCACCAAAGGACAAAAUCCAGUUCUUAUCAUCAAAGAAGAAACUACAUGGUAUGGAGUGCCCAUUCAAGUCUGCACCAUCAAUGGCAGAAAAAGUUACAAAUGUCCUAAGUGCAUAUUUGUCAACAGCAACCCAAGCAACACUAUAAGUCAUGUUAAACUUCACAACAGCAACAAAAGACUUGCAUGUGAGAAAUGCAAGCUUGGAAUGGACAAUCUCAAACAGCUUGAAAUCCAUUAUGAAUGCCUCCAUCCACAGAGCCCCAUCUUCAUUGAGCAGUCACCAAGCAAGAUCCCAUACGUACCGGAAUCGAACAACUCUGUAGAAGAAAACAACAAUUCAGUCAUCUGGAGCAACCAAAGCCAGAAGGCUUCCAAUCUGAUCCUGCCAACCUGUACCAAGUGUCCUUAUAAAUGUAGAACAGUGGAAAUGUUUCAGUAUCAUUUGACUCUCCACAAUCUGGAUCGUGAAUUCAAGUGUAACUACUGUGAAUUCAGUGUUGACACACAGAACCUUCUGCUGAAGCACCUGGCUGUUCACAGAGAACCAUAUGAACCAGACCUGAGCCAGAAUGAGGAGGAAGAAAUCAAAACAGCUCUUCAGGGACCAACUAGCCAGCACCAGUUUCUUAGCAAAAUUGAUCUGAUGCCAAGUAGCUCCCAAACAGAACUAAAGUCUCCUGAACACAAAGUCACAUCGCAGACUCUAAAGACUGUUCUGAAUAACCUGAAGAACAGCACUGGUAGACUGAGGUACAGAUGUGCAAGAUGUCCAUACUUCUCAUUCUGCAAGAAUAACAUCAGCAAGCAUCACAAACAGCACAUCAUCAAGAGCAAAUUCAAGUGCCAGUACUGUGAUUACAGUGCAACAAGAAAUUUCUUGAGACUGCAGCACAUGAAGUUCCAUGAGAACAGUGCCAUUACUGAUGCUAAAUCUACAGACUACCAAGACAUCACAUUAGAUCCAUAUGAUGAAGAUGGUCUGCGAGCAUUGAGCAGCAUCCAGACACUAGAGCCUACUUCAACCAAUAGUGAAGACAACAUGAAAGACUUCUCAGAUGAAAAUAAUGAAAAUCCAGAAGAGUUGGAGACCAUGAUGGAAGAGGCAGACUUUGAUGAAGAGGAAAUGGCUGCUUUAGAGCAAGCUGAAUUUGAAGGUCAUGAAGACAAAAAAACGUCAGAUGUUGAGGUAGAGGGGCAGGACUCUGAAGACAGUCUUUCAGAGAUAGACCCCACUGCUCUCCAGCAACAGAUGUCAUUAAAUCUAUCGGGAGCCAUGGGAAAUGAACAAAAGAUACGCUAUACCUGUUCACAAUGUCCUUACAAAUGCAAUGCACUUAGAAGCUUUAAGUGCCACAUACACAUGCAUGGUUUGAAUAAGAAGUACAUUUGUGACUACUGCAACUGGAGUGCUGACCGACUGAACCUGUUGUAUCAGCACCGAAAAGUCCACUGCAAGAUGCCAAGUUUCAACCCAUCUCCUGAGGACAUUGUCUUCCUUAAUCGUAACUUUGCUCUUGAAAAUGAUGCGAAAGGUACAUUGUCACCUGAAGACAUGUCCAUGGAUAAGCAGAAGAAGAGCCCAAGUCCAGUCGAUGACAAAGCUCUACAGAGAAUGUCUAAUCGCCAGUUCAGUGGGAAAAAGAUUUAUCGCUGCAAACUCUGUCCAUUCUCCUGCAACAACAAAAACAGCUUUGCCUAUCAUAGAAAUCUUCACAAAAUCAAUGCACGCUAUACCUGUAAUCACUGUUCCUACAGCAUUGACCGCUGGAACCUCCUAGCUCAGCACAUGAAGCUCCACAAAAUAAGCAGCAGGCAGGGGCUUGACAGGAGUAACUCAGAUGAAAUGAAUGUUUCUAGUCCUGAAGUUGAACCUCAGUUAUACUUCAAUGCUGGAGACAGCCCAAAUGAAAGCGAGAUGGAAAGUGAGGAAGAAAAGCCACAAGACUGGAAGUGCAGCAGGUGCCCAUACAGUACCACCAGCCCCGAAAUAUUGAAGGAACACUCCAAGCAACAUCAUAAGCAUGGCAAACACAGCUGUCCAUAUUGUGACUACAGUGACCAGGAGGAACACACUAUGGUGGAACAUGUUCAGCUUCAUUUCCCCAGCACCAAGCUUGAUGCUGAAGCUGUACAAGCUAUGCUGGCCAAACAGGGGGACAAACUUCCGCAAUCCCCAGAAGUUCCUGUGGUGAAGCCAACACGGAAAGAGGCAAAGAAAUCUGAGUCCAUAGAAAAAGAGGAACCGUCCAAUGAGGCACAGAAAUCCAGAACCAAAGUGUAUGUGUGUCCAUAUUGUGAGCGUGAAUUUGACAAUAAAGAGUUAAUGCUUAAACAUGAAAGACAGCAUCUCAUAGGAUCCAAGUAUUAACAUUGUUAUUUGAAUGUAGGAAGAAUUUUUCAGUGUUCAUAAAGAAGAACAAACUUGCCUUAAUGUCAAGAGGUGCUUUACGAUUGUGCAAUUAAUCAUACUCAUUUUGGAGUGCUUUUUAUCAGGGGUUUCUACUAGAAAGAUCAUUAUUAGAGUGCCUUAAUAAUUAUCAUUUUCCAAUAGGUAUAUAAAGAUAUAUAUGUAUUACAUUCAACUACAAUGAUCACUUACUUAUUAUGCAAUAAUCAAUGUAUAGCAACUUCGUUCAAGUAGUCUAUUGUCAUCAAGUACUUGAUGAGUAGAUAUUUGAUGGGAUAUAUUCUUGUUCAGGAAGUUUAUUUAUUUUUUUUAUUAAUUUUGGAUGAGGUAGUGAUAAUAUGAUGAUGAUGAAUCGAGUUCAAAUCACGACCAAGUCUCUCGCAUUGUGUUCAGAUGAAGCCAGUGAAGACUGACUGUAAAACUGUCAUGAUAUUUGUCAUGCUAUGGUUCAAGUGCUUUUAAAUUAAGAAAACUCCAUAUAUUAUUGUUUAUUCAUGUAAGACAGUGCAAUGUUAUUGUUCAAUUUCACGGCCUGAUCCAGGCUUUUAAGAAAUCCUAGGCGCAUGAGAAAACCACAUUAUCAUACUUAUAUGUGUAUAUUGUUAAAAAUUUUAUAUUUGUAUUAAUAUUUUAUUAUGUAUGACUUCCUUCUGCAGACAGCAAAAUAUUUUGUGUCAGGAUAUCCAUUUUUUUUUUUAUAAAUACAUUCCAGUUUGGUAUGAUCACAGAAUUUUUAAUUACUAUUGUGAUUAUGCUGGUGUUUUGCUAAUUUUAUAUAUUAACAGCACUGUUUAUGCACAAACAAUAUACUGAUUGUUCAAAACACAACUGAUGUCAUUUUCAUUGUAUUACCAUAGACUCCAAAAGGACUAUAUUUUUCUUUGAUGUUUACUAAAUGGCGAUUCCGCACAAAUUCUGAAUUCAUCUGUAUGCAAAUUUUCAAGAUUUAAUGAGAAUGUUGGUGUCUUUCAUAACACAACAGUUUUUGUCAGCUUUUCCUAUUUUUCGUGGUUGUUGGAAUUGGGUAAUAUAUGGAAAUUGUCUUCCAAGAAUUAUAUAUGGUUCAAGGGGAACAACUCUAUUUUUUGUCACAUUUUAUAUUGACCAUGAUGACUAUGCAUAACAAAUGUGCCUUGAAUGAUUGUUCAAAUGAUCCGAAUGUCCUGUUAAAAUUCUAUUAUUAUUCUGUUACUGUCAUAAGAAUCUAAUUCAUGUGUAUUUAUAACAACUUCUCCAUUGAAAAUUGGUUUUGUUAGAGUAUACUGCUAAUUUUCUCACUUGCUUUGAUUGAUGUACAUUUUUGCUUUUGUUUCAAUUUUUAAAAUUGUAUAGACUCGAGUUUUAUAUUGUUGUACAAAAACUAGUUUAUUCGUUACGGAAACACAUUGAGAGAGAUAACUGACAUGCAGAAAAUAACUUCUUGUCAUUAAUAUACACUAAUAAAUUUUCAUAAUGUCCACCUUUAACCAGUAACAUGCAUAUUUCAGUGACAUAAAUAUUACAAAGUUUUACUUUAAUUAAGGUUAAUUGGCCUCAGUAGCUUUCUGAACCACUUAUUUGCCCAGCAUUGUCUCUUUCAUUGUUAAUUUCUGUAUUGAAUAAUCUAUGACUCUGUAUGAUUGGUCACUGAUUCCUGGUGCUAUAUAUAGUGUAUGAAUGUAUUCAUACUUCCUGCAUUUUACAAACAUAUUCAACAAAAUUUAUCCAAGUUUGUCCCUCUUUUACCUUUUUUCUUCUUUUUGGUGUUUGAUCAUUAUUUGAGUUUUAAUUCAAUGAAAUAUAUGUUCAAAGGUAUUCAAUUUUCUCCAAUGAGAAAAAAAAUUGUAUACAGAUUUGGGAAUAUUUUUUUUCAAUGCUAUGCAAUUUAUAACUAUAAUACUGGGAAAAUUACCAUCCUUUUAAUGAACAAUACCCUGUAUAGCUGCAUGUAAUGUAGAAUGUAUAAGCAUAUUUUAGUCAUUGAUCUAUUUUAGAACUUUUUUUUGUCUUUCUAAUAUUAAAGAGUUAAUAUAAUUCAAA